AUGAACCUGUGUCUAAGACCUCCGGAUUAGUUAGUGGUGACACCCCAUAUGUGAACUCUAGCACUUAGAGGCUGCAUUCAUGGUGAAGAGAUGUUAGGGAUUGAGAGAUUAAGCAUGCGCAUUUUUCGCAUCAAAUUGUCCUGACCCCACUGGUCGAGAGUGAGCGAUUCAUUUUCUCAUAUUCUCUGUACUCUUUAUCCCGGUGAGGACCUAGAUUGCUCGGUCUUAAUUAUGAUAUCUUGAGUUUUGUGCAUGAAGUGACUGUUUUGAAUAAGUGGUUGAGUCAAGUCUAUGUUGAUUGGUGAACAGAAGGGAGACUCUUCCUUUGCUUGAUUUUACUGCACUCGAAUGUCAUCUGUGGUGGUUGUCUAGGUUGUCAUUGAGGUUGUCCAUGUGUUAAUGAUCGAAAGCCAGUAUGAUCCACGUUUUUGUGCCGAUAUGAUAUGCCCGUAAGCAUGCUUGCUUGAAACGUUUUGAGCUUACCUUGUGUCUGACUUGGUUUGCUUGGGGACAGGCAAACGGUUAAGUGUGGGGGAAUUUGAUAACGAUGUAAUUGCACGUAUUUGCACCCCUAGUUCUUAUCCAUUUGAGGGGCAUAGUCGUGUAUUUUUUUGCCUAUUUUACGCCGGGUUGUGCUACUUUAUCAUAUUUCAGGUCCCAGGCGUCAAAGGAAAGGCUAAGCACGAGUUUCGGGGCAUUCGGAAGUCAUUUGGUCGAGCUGGAGCCAAAAUACGGGCACGCCUAAAUCAGAACACAGCAGUGUUCUAGACCGUGCUUUUACUGCCGAGACUUGAUCUGAGGUUGGAAAACACUAGCUCAAAACACGGGUAUGGCUGAGAUAGAACACAGCCGUGUCCCCCAAAAGCAGGCCCGUGUUUCUCCCAACAGGCUGGCCGUGUAAUUAACCCUUGACAAGGGCACGGGCGGGCUGGAGCAAAACACGGUCGUGCCCUCGACCGUGUUUUGCCCAGUGAUGCCCUUUUAGGUAGAUUUCAGCCAAAACAGAAGUGGAUUCGAGUUUUAGAGAGACAGAGCGAUUCCUAGAGAGAGAAAGCGACAAACAAGAGUCCCCAAGUGCCCUAGCUUGAUCUUCAUCACCAUUGGAGCUUGGCUUGAGCUUGGAGGAGUGCCGAUCAACGUCCAGGAGCAGAAAUCCAUUCUUCACAGUAUGAUUUCCGCUUCUGAAUCUGCUUGUGCUUCUUUCUCCAUGGAGUAGUUCUCCCAUUCAUCUGGGUAUGGAGAACCCUAGAUUUGUAUGUUAGGUUUGAUUGUAUGAACCCAAGUACUGAUUCUAUGAUUUGAUUAUAUUCAAUUGAGGUUUGAAUGAUUGAAUGGCAUGAAUCCUGAUCAAAUUCCUGCUGUUUCUGCUUUAACCUAGAAUGAGAAUAUCUGCCUAGGUUGAUAGAGUAUCCUUAAUUGAAGGUAGGGAGUUGGUGACUUUAGUGGAGGAGCCAACUCACUAUUCUGUACCGAAUUCACUUCGGUAGUGGAGGUUUUGUUCGUUAGGGCCUCAAUCUGUUUACUCCGGUGGAGGUUAGUCGCCCGCUAGAGACUCAGAUUGAGAGGGUCUUGAGACCUUUAGUCGAGACUUCAGACUGCAGUCUAGGGGGAACCAUAUCCGGGUGACCUCUCUUAACCUGAAAACAACCGUUUACUGCUUUGUCUGUUUGCUAGUUUAGACCUGCACUAAAGUUUCAUUGCUAACAAGAAUUCACCGAGUAGUCAUCAAAUCUAGGACCUGGGUUGACAUUAAAACCCAAACCCGCUAUACUACGCUUUAGGAAGUGGUUACACUUGGCCAAUUUCUAGAGUGACAGUAGGAGUGAGUCACCAAGAUAGAUGCCAAGCUGGAUUCUAAGUUUGAUGCACUCGAACGAAGGCUGGCCAAGAUUGCUCUGGGUAGACAAGAGGAGGUUGCUUCAUGUGAACUUUGCGAAGGUCCUCAUCAUAGGGAUAUGUGUCCACUGGGAGCUGCUUAGUUGGAAGAUGUCCAAUAUAUCAAUAAUCCGCGAAGUCAAGGCCAGGGUGGUAUGUAUUCAAAUACAUACAACCCUCAAUGGAGACAUCACCCCAAUAUGUCAUGGUCAAACAAUAAUCCAUCUGGGGUUUGAAACAUCCCACCUCCUGGUUUUCAACAGCAGCAACCUCAACCAAAGAAGAAGCCCCAGCCGGAGGAGUUGAUUUUGGCUCAUAUGCAGAAAACAGACAAUAAUUUCAAGGGUCUUGAUCAAUUUGUCCCUUAACAGCUAGCCAUCAACAAUAAUAUGCAAUCAUCUAUGCUAGCUAUGGAGAGGAAAAUAGGCCAGAUGGCUCAAAAUUUGGUAGAUAUUCAAGGUAGGAUUCCUGGGACUUUACCGGCAAAUACUGAGAGAAAUCCAAAGGAUGCCAUGGUUGUAGCAGUCACAUUGAGGAGUGGGAAGGAGUUGGAGGAUCCAAAGAGCAAGAAAAAUCCAGUAGAAAAGGAGGACAAAACAGCGGCAAAGGAAGAAAGUGCAAAAGCUGAAAAAUUUGACUUGCACAGGCAAACUGCAUGCAAUCUGCCUGUGCAUGAGCAUUCCGCCCGUGGACUUCCAAAGGUGGAAAAAUUCAAGAAUGAAGAGGUAAAGCCUUAUGAACCUAUCACACCAUUCCCUCAGAGGUUAAUGAAGCCCAUGGAAGACCCAAACUUCAAAAAAAUUGUGAAUCUCUUCAAGCAACUUCAUAUCAACAUACCACUAGCGGAGGCACUUGAACAGAUGCCUACAUAUGCUAAAUUCUUAAAGGAGUUGCUGACAAAGAAGUGCAGGUGGGCUGAUCUAGAGAAGGUAACCCUUACUUCUGAAUGUAGUGCUGUGAUUCAGAAUAAAUUACCAAAAAAGAGGGAUGAUCCGGGCAGCUUCACCAUUCCAUGUGUCAUUGGAGGUAGAGAGUUCGAUAAAUCACUUUGUGAUCUUGGAGCAGGAAUUAAUUUAAUGCCAUACUCAGUCUACAAGAAAUUGGGAUUGGGAGAUGUUCUUAAGCCUACUCGGAUCACUCUCCAAUUGGCUGAUCGAUCAGUGAAAAUUCCAAAGGGAGUGGUGGAGAAUGUAUUGGUGAAGGUGGGAAAGUUUAUUCUCCCAACAGAUUUUGUAAUUUUGGAGAUGGAAGAAGAUCGGGGAGUGCCUCUCAUUCUUGGGAAACCUUUUCUAGCAACUGGAGAUGCACUCAUCGAUGUUGGGGGAGGCAAACUGACAUUCCGAGUAGGUAAGGAGGAGGAAAUUUUUAAUGUCUUUCAAGUUGAUCAUAAUCACGAUGCAUUUGAUGACAUUGAAAGUGGAGCUCGAGAAAGGAAAAAUUCAUCACCCAAAGAACUAUUACAUGUCCUAGCUGCUCAAAGUCUGAAAUCAAAGCAAGGACAAAAAUCCUUGCUAGGUCAUCUCAAGUAUAGAUAUUUGGGCAAGGAUUUCAAUCUUCCUAUUAUUAUUCCUUGUUCACUGACAUUGAAACAGGAAGAGUACUUGCUUGAGGCGCUGCAGUACCACCUACGCCUCACUAAGGGGUCCAACAUGCAAGCUAAGAAGGUCAUGCCCAAUUUUCGCACACCUGGCCCUGAUGAGGUGACUCAUAUGUUAGAUGGAGGCUAUGCGUUCUAUCAUUGCUCGGGAGGGUAUUCUGGAUACCUUUCCAUACCCAUUGGUUGAAAGCUCCAUGAAUGUCCAGCUGAGGACGUUAAACAAGCGCUUCUUGGGAGGAAACCCAAGGUGAGUUUUCCUUUCUUUAUUUUUCUUUUUAGCUGUGUCAAACCCGUGCAUGUUUAGAUUAAGAGUUGAACAUUAGGGACAAUGUUCCAUCCUGAGAGUGGGGUGGUGAAUCUUAGUGUUGUUUGUCCCUGUUGCAUGUGGUAAAAAAAGUAAUAAAAAAUACACCUAAAAAUCAUAAAAAUUAAAAACAAAACCUUGUA